UAUUCUGAAUUUUCACCCCUUUAUACACAUGUCCCUCCAUGUCAUUUUUUACCUAUGCCAAACCAAAGACAAAACUAUCACAGAGUUUUAUUGGCAAGAGUUGUUCAAAAGACGUUUGCCAUUACCUUCCUUGGAGACCAGGAGAGUGUGACUUGCUCCCCCAAUGGAUUUCAUGGCUGAGCUGGAAUUUGACUCCUGGUUUCCAGAGUUGUAGACCAAUGCUCAAAUCACAACAACACAAUUUGCUUUAAAAAAUUAAAGAAGGAGCAGUGAGAAAGCAUGAGAGGGCUACAAAUGGAACAUGACAAUAUCUAGACACCUGCUGUAAAAUUAUAGGAAUGAUGUGGGAGGAAUGUAUCAAAGAAACAUAAUCUUUAAUCCCUUCUACUCUGAAAACAAAUGCUAAAUACCUUCCUUGGAUUAAAUAACUUUCUUUCCAUGUAGGAGGACAAAGGAACUCAGAAACAGCAAUUUUUAAAGCAGGAGGCAUGUGUGGUUGUGAAAGCUGAUAGUGAAGAAAGCAGACCGGAAGAAAACAAACAUAUUUGAAAAAUUGUCUUGGGGCAAGUUUCAACAGAUAACCACGCACUGCCAAAAAGUCAUAUUAAAUUAGCUUAAACCCUCACUAGAAGCAAAAUGCCCAAACUGUGGCCACCAUUUAGACAAAUCAUGAGUAAGAUUACUCAUUGGAAAAGACAACAAUGUAAAGAUAAAGCUCCUCAAAACCAUGCAACCAUCAUGGCUCCAUAGUUCAAAAAAAAAAUGUAACACCUCUCCCACUCACAAGCAGUACAGUAUCCAGCUCUCCUGCUAUCUUCAAUGGUUUGGAUAUCCUUAGAGAUUGAUGCACACCUCCUCAUAAGCCGUUCUGGUCCUCCUAAGGCUAUGUGAGUGUGUUAGCAUCAAGCAAUAGAGUGAAGGGGGCUCAGCUCGCUCCUUCCCAUCCCGCACUGUCUCUCAGCCAGAGGGCAGGAAUGGUGCAGCUGCUCCAUCUCGGUCCCUCUGGACUGGCCUAUGUGAUUACACAGCACUGGGCUGGAAUCAGCGUGGCCCCAAUACUCACAGGUACCUGGCAGCAGGCUAUAUAAGGGAACACCCAGGAUUCCUGGAUGGGCAAAGGAGAGGGCCCCCUGGCCAAAGAAGGAGACAUCUAGGCAGGAAUGCAAUUGGGCGCUCCAGCAGACCUGGAGUCUCCCUGCCAGAGAUAUAAAUUUGAGUGGGAUGAGGGGGCUGUGGCCUUUUUCCUGUCAGUGGAGCUCAACUGGUGCUGUUCACGGUAAGAGCAGGCUCCCAAGUCUCCUGCCUCAUGUCAGGGCAAACAUCAGCAUGCCCCAAGUCACGGCUGUGUCUUGAGUAACCAUCUCCUAAGGAGAUCUUACUUCUGGUCAAGAAAAACCCUUAGGUGGCUACAAUGGGGCUACUGUCCAUGAAGGCAUCAGAAGCUUCACAGAUAUCUAAACUGGGGUUUGACUUAUGAAGGGGAUGGCUGGGAGAAGAAUGUAGCCUAACCUCAGUGGGUCUGCUGGGGUAAUUUGCUUUGUUGGUUUCCAAAAAAACUGAGUAUGGAGCUCAGUGACAUUUCUUGGCAGAGUAUAAGCCAUUCAAGAUUGGAGGUGCCUUCAUAAAACAGUCAGUGGGAAUCAUCUUGAGCUAAGAGGGAUGAUGGUGGAAAGAGGAAGGAGGGUCUGUCCCAUGAGGAAGUGGCGAUUUUUUCUUGGAUGCUAACCUUGCUCUUUCAUCUCUCCUGCUCCCAGAUGUCCAAAGCUGCCCCCAAGAAAGCUGCAGCCCCUCCCCCAGCGGGAUUCACUCUGGACAUUAAUGACCCACAAGUACAGAAUGCUGCCAUCCGCAUCCAAGCCUCCUAUCGUGGUCACAGAUCCCGCAAGGAGCUGAAAGAGAAGGGCCCCCCACGGGUGCUGCAGAACCUCAAGGACGUGGUGCUGAUUGAAGGGAGUGCUGCCAAGCUGGAAUGCCGCAUCAGUGCCUUCCCAGACCCCUUCAUUCGCUGGUUGAAAGAUGGCGUGGAACUCAAGGACGGCCCCAAGUAUCGCUAUGUCUUUGAGGACCCUGACAUUGUCGCCCUGGUGGUGCGUGACGGCGCCCUUCCCGACUUGGGCAAGUACACCAUCACUGUGAAGAACCCCUUUGGAGAGUGCUCCGACUCAGCACGCCUUCUAAUAGAAGUGCCUGCCAAGAUUAAAAAAGGCCCAGACAGCACCAAGGCCAAGAAAGGCACCACUGUGAACCUGACUGCCCUGAUCAGCGGAGAGCCAGCACCUGAUGUCGGUUGGGCCAAAGACGGCGAGGAUAUUGAAGAGGAUGAUCGGUUGUACUAUAAUAUUGGCAGUGAUUCAACCACUCUCACUAUCAAAAAGGUGACGCCGGCUGAUGCUGGGAAGUACGAGGUGUUUGUGGAGAACAGUCUGGGCAUGGACCAGUCCUUUGCACGCCUUGAUGUGAUUUGAGCCCCAGCUUUCCGUCUAUACAGUCCCUGCCCUUCCCCACCUUGUCUCCAUCCUUGCCAAGUACGAUUCAGAAGGUUGUGCUGCCUGGCCGUGGGAACAAGCUAGGCAAAGAGAAGUGAUUCCCUCUUCUAGUGGUGUUACCAGGAUAUCUUCUUGUCUCCUGAAGAUGGAUGGGAACUUUUUGUUUUCUCUUCCUGUGUCUCUGGUUCUCUUGUCAGUGUCAUUCUACUUCGCAGUGGGAGCGCAAUGUCUUUCCUCGCUUGACUUGAUGGCAGAAAUUCCCCUCCCUACCCACCCUGCUUAGGGUAGAUAGGUGGGGGACAUGCAACUUUCUGGAUCUUGUCAGACUGCGACUCCCAUCACUUCCCAUAAUUGACUGUGCUGGACAGGCCUGAUGGGAGUUGCAGUCCUACAACACCUGAAGGGCCAGACUUUGGUCUGGGGCAUGUAAAUCGGGGAGCUGAAAUCCCCAGCACCUUAGAGCGAGUAAAGCAUGCCAGGAGCCUCCAGACUCUUUCUAAUCUGUUUUCUUGCUCUGUAAAACUCAAUAAAGCCAAUUGAUUAUACAAA